UUUUCUUCUCUUACUUAUAAAACGUACCGCCUCUGCUUUCUUGAUCUUCAAGAACAACUCACUACUCUCCUGCUUUUCUCAUAAUCUUCAUCUUUGCCUCUCUUAUAUUUUCGCCGGAAAACGCUCCGUUUAUUCAAGAAUUUAACCGCGCCCUCGGUUACCUCUGGAAUUCAUUGAGUUCAUUGUUACCUGCUCGCUCUCUAUUCAAGUUAUUACCAGUAAAUUGAGAUGAGUUGCUUAAGAUUUGACUCUAGUUGUUGUAGUAUCCGAUUCUGUUUUUGAUGCAAUCGGAUCAGCUUUUAAAUUGCACUCAAGAUUUUGUGUUUUUUUAGAAUCUUUCGAUUCGGUUUGAAUUUUCUUGAUACAUUUGAUUCCAAUCUUUAACUUUAUUUUCAUUUUCUUGAGUGUCUCAUUUCUUUUGAGUUUUCGUUCUAGUUGAAUCUUCUGGUUAUAAAUUCUUUAGCGAGGGCGAGCAGGUAGUUCGUAAAAAUAUGGCAGCAGCAGCUAAAAAUAGCAGAGGAAAAUCUAAGAAAGGUGCUGAUACGAGGCACGAACUGGAUGAGAGGCAGCCAUGGAAACAUGUUUUUGAUGAAGCUUCCAUGGCAGCAAAUAUGCCUCUAAACAAUAUUUACAGUUCCGAAUCUCAAAACCCGACUCAGUUCUCGGCUUCUCCCUCUGUUUCUACAUAUCCUCCACCUUCUUCGACUAGUUCAAGACUUAUAUUUCCAUUCGCAUUCGAAGGAUAUAACAACAAUCAAGUCCCUCAGCAGUUUAGAACAAACCCGGCUUUUCCUUAUUACCGUCCGCAGCUUCAACUUUCACAAAUUCAGCAGCAGCAACAGCAAAUGAUUUCUUUCUCACAAUACCAACAGCAAGCCGCCAUGUCGUCUAACAACUCGUCGAGUUUCGCCUGUUCGGACUCAGCAUUAUCAUAUCAGCAACAGCAGCAGUUAUAUCAGUACUGGAGUGAUGCAUUAAACUUAAGUCCGAGAGGAAGAAUGAUGAUGAUGAGUAAGUUAGGACCGGAUGGUAGGCCGAUGUUUAGGCCACCGAUUCAGCCGAUUAACACCACGAAACUUUACAGAGGAGUGAGGCAAAGACAUUGGGGAAAAUGGGUAGCUGAGAUUCGUCUCCCUCGGAAUAGGACUCGCCUUUGGUUAGGUACAUUCGAUACAGCAGAAGAUGCUGCUAUGGCCUAUGAUCGCGAGGCUUUUAAGCUGAGAGGAGAGAAUGCUCGCCUUAAUUUCCCCGAACUUUUUCUCAAUAAAACUCCGGUUUCUACAGUUUCAUCUCCGGAAAAACCUGACCCGCAGGAUUCGGGUAGUGUAGAUAUACAGCCAACUCCAGAACCGACUCAAGGAGACAAUCUUGAUAAUGAUUCAGGAACAUGUCCGUUGAGUGACGAGGUUAAGAGUGUGGCGGACGGAUCAAGUGGCGGAGGAGAAGGCGUGUCAGGGUCUUCUCAGGAAUUAUCAUGGGGAGAUAUGAUGACGGAAAGUUGGUUCAAUUCGAUUCCGGAAGGAUGGGGACCAGGAAGUGCUGUCUGGGAUGAUUUGGACACGAAUAACAAUCUGUUAUUGCAAUCACACGAUUUUCAUUUUAUUACCAAUCCGAAUCAAGACAACAAUAUAGGUUCAACUUCUUCGUUUUCUUCGUCUUCUUUUCCGUGAAGCCUUUCAUUUGGAACGAUCGAGAUUGAUUGAUGCUUUUUUUAUCAAUCUCUCUCACACACUUUUUCUCCUUCUUUAACCCGUUGCAGAUUUUUUGGAAAAUCAACCUGUGAUUUUAGUCCUACUAAAUUUACUUGGUAGAAUUUGUUUUCAAAUACGCCUUUUUUCACCGGUUGCGGAUUUUUCACAAACAGCCUGUGAUUCUUUUUUACAUUUUCCUAUAUCAGGAAAUUCAAAACUCAUCUUUUUCAAGGGUUUUUGAUGGCACUAUAGUUGAUGCUACAUAGGUUAGUUAUUAUAGUUAUAGUCUGUUUAUGUCAUAUUGGAGACAGUUUUGUGAUCUCCCUAAGUCUCUUCUAUCAAUCACAAGCUUUGUUUUUGUGCUUGGAUUAUAGAAUUGCAUUUGUACAUUGAUUAUGUUUACUUUGAAUUUUUUUAAUGUCAUGUCUCUCUUUUUAGUAAA